GAUUUUGACAAGCGGCUUAUCUCUGAGUCCCUGAAGCACCCCGACUUCUUUAACAUAAGGGAGCUCCUCUCGGUGAAGGCACUGUUUGAUUCCCGUGUCCAUCUCGGUCACAAGAAAGGAUGCCGUCACAGGUUGAUGGAGCCAUACAUCUUUGGAUGCCGUCUGGAACAGGAUAUCAUCGAUCUGGACCAGACGUUGGAGCAUCUCUGGAUGAUGCUGAAUUUUACUGCUCAUGUCGUUUACCGCAAGGGUAUCAUUCUGUUUGUGAGCCGCCGCCGUCAGUUCACCCACAUGGUGGAGAGCCUGGCCAAGGAUUGCGGGGAAUAUGCCCACACACGCUUCUGGCAGGGCGGCCUGCUGACCAAUUCCACCAUCCAGUAUGGGGAGGGUGUGCGGCUGCCGGACCUCAUCAUCUUUCUCAACACCCUGAACAGCGUGUUCGAGCAGCACAUAGCCAUUCGCGAUGCCGCCAAGAUGAACAUCCCCACGGCUGGGAUAGUGGACACCAACUGCAACCCCAGCAUGAUCACCUACCCAGUGCCUGGAAACGAUGACAGCCCAGCUUCCUUGGAACUGUACUGCCACCUGCUGAAGACCAUCAUCAGCCGUGCCAAGGACAAACGGAAACAGAUGGAAAUUCUCUAUGGACUGCGAGAGAAGAUUACUUCUUCCUAG